GCAUGGGUGGUCUCGCAGCACGGAAACACUGGAUUCUGCGCAGUUGUUGAAUUCCCUCUCUCUCUCUCUCCCUCUCUCUCUCUCUCUCUCUCUCUCUCUCUCUCUCUCUCUCUCUCUCUCUCUCUAAUAUUACAAUGAGAAAAGUGUUGCCAGCACUCGCUUGCAUCACUUUCAAUCCGGUUGCAUUUCAAGGACUGACUAAACAGAUGAGUGAUUAAUAUCUUCUUAAUAUUUGUUUUUGACAUGUGUCUCCAUGGUUAGCUCUUUUGAUGGAGAAGUUGGAGCUGAGUUUUUCAGCUGCUGAGUGACGAUGGACACCCUGUCCAACCACAGCUCUUACCUCCUGCAGCAGCUCCAGGAGCAGAGGAUUCAGGGUCUGCUCUGUGACUGCAUGCUGGUGGUCAAAGGUGUCUGCUUCAAAGCCCACAAAAAUGUCCUGGCUGCUUUCAGUUCCUAUUUCAGGUCUUUAUUCCAAAAUUCCCCCAGUCAGAAGAAUGAGGUGUUCAACUUGGUCAUCCAGGAUGUCAGUGGCAUCGGCCAAAUAUUGGACUACAUGUACACCUCUCAUCUUGACAUCAACCAAGAUAAUGUUCAAGCACUCCUGGACAUUGCUCAGUGUUUGCAGGUUCCAAAUGUUCAGAGCAUGUGCAAUGCUUUCCUCAAGCCUUGCCCUCCACCAGUGGAAAUCCCAUCAUUUUCUCUUCCGGGCAUGUUGAGCUCUGAGCACGACUGCCUCUUGGGGAGCAGUCUUCCUCAUGAUGUUGACCUCCACUGUCCCUCUGAAACCCAGAGGCCUGGCUUCGGCAGUGACAUGGACCACAGCAAAAGGAUGCCUGUGUCUGUGCCUAACAGCAGCACACACUGUGAGACAGCCAGCAGCACUCAGGCACCCGUUGAAAAACAGCUCGUCCAUGGUUACAAGCUCCGAAACUUCUACAGCAAGCAGUACUUCAAACAAAGUGCAAUUCAGACUAAUAGUGCAGCCUCAAACCAAGGCCCAGGCCCUUUGGUGCUGGUGGAAGAGCAGCAGAGCCAGCUCAGGGUCUGCCAGGGAGGGAGCCAGACUCCUGUAUGCUCAGGAAACACAGCUCAGCCCAAUCCUCCCUGCACAUCUGUGGCAGCUGAAAAUAAUCCUGUCUCAUCUUUAACACCCUCAGAUAAUUUAAACACCCCCAACUCUAACUCCACAGACUCCAUGCUCAACAAGCCAGUGCGCCCAAAGAAGGCUGUGUACCUGAAGAAAUACAACUACCUCCGGUCUCAGAAGGCUUUGGAGGAGAUGUAUGCUGAAUCAGUCAGUGACCCCGUCCUCAGCUGCCCCAAAGAGACUUCUCAAGAAGAGUCUGUGGUCCAUACUGAAGCUGCAGAAGCUCCUGUUGAGCACCUUAAUGCCAACAGGGAGCAGGUCACAGAGACGGCAACAGAUGCGCAACCUCCCAGUCCUCCACCUGUGGGCCAAGAAGAGCAAAAUCAUAACACUGUGCCAGAGCCACCGCAGCAGAUAGGACACAAGCAGUAUUGUUGUGAGGUGUGCGGGAAGAUAUUCAAGCACCCAAGCAACCUAGAGCUGCACAAGCGCUCACAUACUGGUGAGAAGCCCUUUCAGUGUAAUGUUUGUGGGAGAAACUUCUCACAGGCUGGAAAUUUACAGACACAUUUACGGCGACAUUCUGGAGAGAAACCGUACAUCUGUGAGUUAUGUGGUAAAAGCUUUACUGCAUCAGGGGAUGUCCAUCGUCACAAAGUGGUCCACACGGGAGAGAAGCCACACCUGUGUGAUAUAUGUGGUCGAGGUUUUAACAAUCUGAGUAAUCUAAAGGAGCACAAGAGGACUCAUGCCACAGACAAGACAUUCACAUGUGACCAGUGUGGGAAAUCCUUCAACACGCACAGAAAGCUUCUGAAGCACAAGGCCCGCCACGUCGGGGAAAAACCACACAGCUGUGCCACCUGUGGGAAGUGCUUCAUCGGCUCAGGGGACCUGCAGCGUCACAUACGGUCACACACUGGUGAGAAACCCUACAUCUGCAACACCUGUGGAAAGAGCUUCACCCGCUCUGCCAUGUUGAGGAGACACAGCAACAUGCACUGCAAGGGGGCUCCAGCUGACAGCCCAGUCACCGACAGCUCGGACCCACCUCGUAGCUCGGAUGAUGUGGCCUCGUUCCCCAAACCGGUCAGCCACAGUAAACCUCCUGCUGCAGCCAGUGAGCCGCAUUUCCCCAACAUCAUGCCUCAUGCAGGCACCUCACCGCCUACUCCUUCACCACCACAACCAGCACCACAUGUGGAGACUCCACCUCCCAGCAUUCACCUCAGCCCAGCUUCUACCCCCGCCCCUCUUCCAGAGCUGCGCUCGCUGGUACCGCAACACCUCCUCUCCUCCAAUCACCAGGAGAGAAGUACAGCCCUGACUGUCACAGAUCACAUGAAGUUGGCCAAACCCCACCUGACUCAGGAGGCUGUGUAUGGUCCAUAUGUGGAGAAUGGGAAUAUGUCAGUGGAGAUGGGCAGAGGUCUGGCAGGGAGGCCCUACCUGCCUCCCACAGACAAUCACUGCAGCCCCCUUACUACUCCUAGCAGACCCAAUAGUGGGUCCUACAGGUCUAGUGAAGGCCAGUUUAUCUCCAGUGUAACUCUUUGGGGCCUGGCAAUGAAAACUCUGCAGAAUGAUAAUGACAUGGAGCAGUAAAAUGUUGCAGCUUUGUCAGAUAAGCACAGCAUAGCCAGUUAAAAAGGGCACAUUUCACUGUUGUUUAUUUGAUAGGUUAAAAGUGAUUUGUAACACAAAAAUGGUAGCUCCUAUGAUGAGGAAAACAUGAAAAUAAAAUUGAUGAAUAUAUUAA